AUGCAUUUCCUCCAGACCAACGGAAGCAUCCCGGCCAGGACUCCGGAUCAACAAUGGGCGCAUGUUUUCCAAGCCCAGGAUACCGUGAUCGAGCUCAAGAAGAUCCCUGUUCCUCAGCCUGCUAAGGACGAAGUUUUGGUUCAGCUUGAGUACCCUGGUAAGAGCAAUCUCGUAGGUGGCCACGAAGGAUUUGGUUACGUUGCAGCAUUAGGAGAUGAUGUUGGUGAUAUCAAGGUUGGAGAUAAAGUCGGAAGACAGUAUGCUGUUUGCAAAUCUGGGAAUGCGGUGCGAAUCCUACCCGAGAUUCAGCUUGAGGUCGCAGCUCCGUACAUCCGGCCUGGAGGAACUAUCGUUGCAGUUGGUCUCCCUCCUGGCAAGAUUUCAGCAGAUAUCUUUUCCAUGAUUAUCAACAAGGUCAGUAUUAAAGGAUCAUACGUUGGAAAUCGACGCGAGACAGAGGAGGCACUUGAAAUUGCUGCGAGGGUUGGAUUCUCCGUGCAAUCUCGGGUGGUGGACUUUGCCAGACUUAUGGACAUUUAUAAGAUUAUGGAAAAAGGUGAAAUGCAAGGGCGGGUGGUUCUCAAGAUUGGGAAUGACCCGUUGAAUGAUUCAGAUCACCAAUCAGAAACAAAUAGCCUAUUGAAUGAUCGAAUCGAGCAUGUUUAUGGCAGAACGCUAACCAGAUCCCACCUCCGAACCAUCGAGAAAGCUGGGAGAGACUUCCGUUCUGAUACUGUAACUGUGCCCACGGAGAAAGUGAUGCAGGAUAUCGUCAAUGUUUCCUUCGGGGACAACAUCUAUGACGAGGGUGAUGAUGCAUCAGUUAGGGCCCUACAAGACAAGGUGGCCCAAUUAACGGGAAAGCCGGCUGCUCUUUUCGUGCCAUCCGGAACUAUGGGCGACUUCCUAUCUUUCACCAUCGCUAAUUUCGGCUUCUUCGUGAUCCGCGACCGAGACGGCUCUGUCAACGCUUUUCACAAUAUCUGUCGCCACCGCGCAUUCCCAGUCGUCCAGUCCCGCUGUGUCACUUCCUCCAUUUUAACCUGCAAAUACCACGGCUGGUCCUAUGGGCUGAAGGGCAAUUUAGCCAAAGCUCCCCAUUUUGAAACAGAGGCUAAUUUCGACAAGUCAAAACAAUCAUUUCUCCCUGUACAUGUGCACGUCGACAAAGCCGGGUUCGUACGGGUGAACCUGCAGGCUAGUGAGAAGCCAGAUGUCAACUGGGCCGAAGAGUACAACAAGAUUGACGAGCAGCCGCGCAUGCAAGAUUUCGACUUUGCUAAGGAUUACUCCUUCGAUCAUUUUUGGGACAUGGAUGUGGAUGCGAACUGGAAAGGUCUCGUGGAGAACUACAAUAAGUGUUAUCAUUGCGCCACGUCGCAUCCACUGAUCCGUGGCGUCUCUGAUCUCCCGAGGUAUCGCGUUGAACCGAAUGGGGGAUACAUGGAACAUCAUAUUUAUAACUGGGAGACCAGCGAUGCGCAGCUCAAGCGCGCCAUAACAUACUUUUACCCUACAACGUCGGUGACAGUGACAGAUAAAUUCUUCUACAUCCAGCGCAUGUUUCCGGUGAGCGCGACGACCAGCAAGAUCCAAAACGAAGUAUAUCGGCACCGGGACGCAACGGAUGAGGAAUUCAAGGAGAUAAGUGCUUUCUAUAGGCAGGUAUUAGACGAGGACAGGGAGCUGUGUGUUGGAACACAAGAGAACCUGGAUGCGGGUGUUUUAACCAACGGCGAGUUGCAUCCAAGCAAGGAGAAGGGUCCUGUUCACUUCCAAAACACGGUGAGAGAAGCUGUCAUGGAGCAUCGGCGAAAGGAAGAACACAACGGCGGACAGGUAAUAUGGCCUGCAACCCCGGCUCCCCGGAUGACACAGAAGCUCCACGAGGAAGAGGCAUUUUGUUCGAAAUUAGAAGCGGACGGCUCUCUAGAUAGGCCGGAGCUCUUGUGGUGA